AUGUUCCGGCAAAGAUGCAGGGUUUUGAAAGUUUUGCUGAUUGUUGUGUUCGUUGCAACCGUGUUUCUCCACUUUAUCUUUUUGCCAACUGUUAAUGGUGGAUACAAUGACGAAUGCUUUCUACCUGAGGGGAAACGACACAUUUUAAGGACUAUGGUGCAAAACAUUUCGAUGGCAUUUGAUAAGUUUGGUGUUCAAUACUGGCUGGAUUAUGGUACGUUAAGUUUUCUUUUCAAAUUUCUUAGCUAUAAGAUAUAUGAGGGGAAGGCUAGGAAAAGGGAAACAAGUGAGAGUUUUGGGGAAAAAAAGUAGGUGGCAGCGGGAAGGGCUCUAAAUAAGACGGUUUGGUGAAAAUAAACAAUUUACUACUGAACUUUCUUGAUAUGAAGAAUAACUAACUAACGAAGGAACGAACGAAGUAAGUAAGUAACUGUGUGACAAAAUAUUGAAUGAACAAAUAAAUAAAUAAAUAAAUAAAUUAGUAAAUAAAUAAAUAAACAGCCCGGCUUAAUUUUUCAUUUUACAUCAACACACCGUUAGGUAAUUAUUCCAAAAACGACAACGGUCAGUGAUCGAUCACAACGUGCCUUACAAAAGUUGUUUUUCGUUUUCUAUUAAUUUUAGCUUUUUAUAAAAGGCUUUAUUUUCACAUCUUGGCGCUUAUCACAUGGUUGAUAUUCUUCCUCAUAAUUACGUUGCAGUUAUUUCAUUUCUAUUACGGGUUCCGCCAACUCUCAAGCCUUCCUAAUAGGUCAUCAGUUGCGAGAUCCAAAAACUCUCACUUUCAAAGUGAGGCUAAGUGCAAGACCUUUCUAGCGAAUAUGAGUUUUAUUUACAUGAGAACUGACAAAAUCGGUAUCAUUUUCACAUCAAUGGCUUCACACUUUACCUCAUUUUGAAACGGAGGCUUGGGGCAACUCCAAAUUAGGCUUAUAAUUGCUAUUAUUAUUCAUUCAAAAUAUUUGCCCAAUUCUGAUUGGCUAAAAGCACACGCAUAAUUUACCAUAACCAGUUAUUGAUGACCAAACUUGGAAGAAUUUUGUGUUUAACCAGGAAAUGACGUCAAAAAUGUAGCGUUCUUGCAGGUUAAGGCACCGUUAACCGAGAAGACCUGGGGACGAGUUUGAGUUGUUUUGGUUGUGAAAACAAAAAAUGUCGGACAUUUCACUCGUUUCAAAAGUAAGAACUAGACGAAAUCAUAGCUAAAAACAUGGCAAGAACAGCAAGAACACAACUCGAAGGGCGACAUCUGCUAUUUGGAGAAUAUUUGCGGAGCUGAAAAACCCUAAACGUGCACUAUCGAAGGUGAACUUAACAUCGAUGGAGAUAAGCAUGUUUUAGCUUAUUUUAAAACUAGAAAUUAUUUUGAAUUAAUAAUAAAACAAUUAUUGAAUUCAGCUUUCGUAUCAUUUGAAGAAUUAUGGAGAUCUCGGAGGGUGUUAUCUGCCUCGGCCUACGGCCUCGACGGAUAACACCCUCCUCCGAUCUCCACUGGGAUUCUUCAUAAGAUACUCAGCCUCUUUCAUUAAUUGUUAAAUAAUUGAGAUAUUCUUGUUUUUAUAGGGACACUUCUUGGCGCUUAUCGCCUGGGAGACAUUCUUCCUCAUGAUCACGACGCAGAUAUUUCAUUUCUUCUUAGUUCAGAUACAUCAAAGGCCUUUCAGGAAUUAGCCAAGUCUGGUAUGGCAGCGGCGGGAAUAAAAGCGAGAUUUAAAAACGUGGUUGUGGAUUUUGUGCCUUGGAGAGCUGAAUACACAAAGACUCGAGGUAUAGGGAAAGUUGUACUGCACAAAGCAUAUCCGGUUGAGGUGCUGGACAAAGAUAAUAUUGUGACGAGAUAUCAUCAUAAACUGCAAUCUUUUCCACAGUCAUGGGUUGUGCCACCCAAGCGAGUAAACUUCCACGGUGUCAGUGUGUCAAUUCCUAAUUCGCCCGCUCGCUUAUUAGCACAUAGAUAUCCUUACACCUUUGGUGCGUUUGGAGUGCAGUUUCCUUAUAAGUGGAAAUGUUGGGUGCCCUGUUCGCUAAGAAAGGAAAAUACAUGUUGA